GUGGGUCUUGAUAAUGCUCCAGGUCAUUACACAAAUUUCUUGGACUGGAUGGGACGCCUCACAGAAACACGGGGAUUCAAGACGGAGCACGCGCUCUUCCAGUUCAGCCGACGGAAGUUUAACAGGGACGACGUUCGUGUUAUGUUUGAGAAUUACAAACUUAUGAGCCGAGCGACCCUUCUUGCGGACAGUGCUGACAGCUAUAGUCACUUUUACACGGUGCUGAAAGAUUUUGCACGAAAGGUGGCCGGUGAGGACUCACGCCACCAGAUUGGUGUACGCAUUGACGAGCCGGAGGUGGAUGCGGAGACCGGCAUUGCCGUCGGCCGUGGUUGCGCGGAUGGGGAAAAGUAUCAAUUUACUGCCCUCUUGCGUGAGAACCGAGAUCACAACGGCGCCAUUACCAUCAUGGGCAAGCCAAUGGCCCUCGUGCUGGAUAACAAGGCAUGGCUGAUGGAGAUGCUGCUUAUGCCUUUUGAUGAGGCGAAUUUGGAUUAUAGGGACUUUGACGUGCACAUUGUGUUGGAGGGGCAUGCUAUGCCUUCCAUCGCCAACGAAAUUGCUGCUUUUGCCCUGCGCAUGUCGAUUGCCAACGCCCUUGUGAAGCUCUUGCCUCUCACACGCAUUCCGCUGAAGAAGUCCGGCCUGCUCUCCGUGGAUCGUCGUCGCGAGAGGGGGCAGUUCCCCGGAUAUUUGGACGGAAAGAAGGUCAAGCGAAAGUUUGCCAAGCGUUAG